AUGGAUCCUUCACAAGUUGAGAUUCCUCCUCUCAAGGACCUGACUAUCGAGAAUAUCACCGAAAACGUCCACUUGAUCAAUUCGAGAUGUCCCAACCCGAGAUUGAAGUAUCUGAUGAAGAGUCUCGUAAAGCAUGUACAUGACUUUGCACGCGAGACUCGACUCUCCACAGACGAGUGGAUGGCAGCGAUCCAGUUCCUCACCCAAGUUGGCCAGAUUUGUACAGAUGUGCGACAGGAAUUCAUCCUCCUUUCCGACGUGAUUGGACUUUCUUUACUCGUUGACAGUAUCGACCAUCCCAAGCCUGCUUCAAGCACAGAGGGCACAGUGCUUGGACCAUUCCACACUCACGACGCCAUGACCGAAUCGAAUGGUGGCACAUUAUCCCACGAUCCAGACGGCGAACCGUGUCUCGUCAUCUGCACAGUAAAGGAUACCUCCGGCAAACCCAUCCCCGGCGCCAAAAUCGACAUUUGGGAAACAGACAGCAAAGGCUUCUACGACGUGCAAUAUGCCGGACGCCAGGAACCAGAUGGACGUGCGGUUAUGCAGAGCGAUGAUGAGGGCAACUUCUGGUUCAAUGCCAUUGUACCAGUGCCAUAUCCUAUCCCACACGACGGACCCAUUGGCAAACUGCUCAAGCUGUUGAAACGCCAUCCUUACCGACCAAGUCACAUGCACUUCAUGUUCGAUAAGCCUGGCUACGAUCAUCUCAUAACAGCCCUUUACCUUCGCGGCGACCCUUACGAGACCUCGGAUGCUGUGUUCGGUGUGAAAGAGUCCCUUAUUGUCGACCUGAAGACUGUGACACCGAAACAAGCCAAAGAGUAUGGCGUAGCAGAGGGCUGCAGAUUGUUGACAUAUGACUUUGUGCUUGUCUCGGACGAGGAGGCACGGUCAUUGCGAGAGAAGGAGGCCAUGACUGCCAUGGAGAAGUUGGGUUUGAGGAUGAAGCUAUUGGAUGGUCUUCCCGUACCGGACGUCGACUGA